AUGUUCCGUCGUCCUCACCAUGCGCUGAAGCUUUUCAGACGGGUGACUUUCACACCCGUCUCUGCCGGAUUCAGAUGCGCGUCUGUAGUUCCAGCCCGCAAGGCGAGGAGGACUCCAUCUCCGUCUUCUUCGCCGCCAUCGCCACCUACGAUUCAACCCAAGUUGGUCCUGCGUGAAUACCAAGAAGAAUGUAUUCAGGCAGUUGUAUCCUUCUUAGAGACUGGUCAUAAGCGAUUGGGUGUUUCUCUGGCCACGGGGGCGGGCAAGACGGUCAUCUUCACCCAUCUCAUCGACCGAGUCCCUGCUGUCGGCGAUGCUUCGCAGACACUCAUUCUCGCCCACCGCCGGGAACUCGUCGAACAGGCCGCCCGUCACUGCUCCCGUACCUAUGUAGAUAAGCGCGUGGAUAUUGAGAUGGGCAACAAUCAUGCCUCUGGUGCUGCCGACAUCACAGUUGCUUCUGUACAAAGCAUCGUGUCUGGUGAACGCUUGCAGAAGUUUGACCCCUCCCGGUACAAGCUAAUCCUUGUCGAUGAAGCCCAUCACAUUGUCAGCCCAUCUUAUCUCGAUGUCCUCAAGCACUUUGGGCUGAGAUAUUCCGCCGACUGGACCGACGCCAAGGUCCCUGCCCUGGUCGGCGUAUCUGCCACACUCUCGCGCUUCGAUGGACGGAAGCUGGGCGCAGUCAUUGAUCACAUUGUGUAUCAUCGUGACUAUCUUGACAUGAUCGAUGAAGGCUGGCUUUCCGACGUCACCUUUACCACUGUAGAGAUGAAGGCCGAUCUAACCAAAGUGGGCACAGCCGCCAACGGAGACUUCCAAACCAGUUCCCUCUCCAAAGUCAUCAAUACUGACGAGACUAACCAACUUGUUGUCAAAGCAUGGCUGGCAAAAGCAAAGGACCGUCGCUCAACCCUAGUCUUCUGCGUUGACCUGAGCCAUGUCACCAACCUCACUGCUAGAUUCCGAAAACACGGGUUCGAUGCACAGUAUGUCACAGGUGACACGCCAGCCAAGAUUCGUAGUGCAAGGAUCGAGUCUUUCAGGAACGGCGAGUUUCCCGUACUGCUCAACUGCGGUGUCUUUACCGAAGGCACCGAUAUUCCGAACAUUGAUUGCGUUCUUCUGGCUCGACCUACCAAGUCCCGAAAUCUCCUUGUCCAGAUGAUCGGCAGAGGUAUGCGUUUGCAUGAGACCAAACGGGAUUGUCAUGUAAUCGAUAUGGUAUCCACGUUGAGCACUGGUGUCGUAUCAACACCGACUUUGUUUGGCCUGGAUCCCGAUGAGUUUGUCGAAAAUAUGGAUGCGAAAAGUUUAAAGGAGCAGGGCGAAAGGAGAGAGUCAGAGAGACAACGUGAAGGUGAAGUCGCAAAGCUUGUCAAAGAAGCCCCGACCAAGAAACUUCCCGGCACGAUUGAAUUUACCGACUAUGACUCUAUUCAUGACCUCAUUGCCGAUGGAACAAGCGACCAAUACUUCAGAUCCCUCAGCCCAAACGCGUGGGUUAGCGUUGGGGCAGGCAAGCUCAUUCUGUCAAGCAACGGCGGUAACUACAUCAAGAUUGAACCAUCUGAAGACAAAGAAGACCAGUUCGUAGCAAAGUAUUACUGGAAGCUGCCGGCCAUGGACAAAACCAAGAGUCCGUAUGGUAGAGCCCGUACUAUUGCAGAAGGAGACUCACUGGAACACGUUAUCCACGCUGCUGACACCUUUGCUGGCGAAGUGUUUCAGCACAUGUGGAUAGCAAGAAAUCAAUCCUGGAGAAGAAGUCCGGCUUCGCAAGCUCAAAUCGACUUCCUUAAUAAGAGUCGGCCGGCCGAGGAUCAGUUGAAGCCAGGGGAUGUCACCAAGGGAAAGGCGGGUGAUAUGAUUACACGCAUCAAGCAUGGAGUCAAAGGACGUUACGAAAAGGCGACCGCCAAGCAGAGAAGCAAUGACCGCGUGAAGCAGCGCGCUCAGACCUUGCGCGAGCGACUCACUGGCCAAACUAAAGUAGGACCACUCGCUGAGGUAUCCUGA